UAUUGCGUUGUAAACAGGCGGCUUGAAACAGAACCUCACUUUUUUGGCAGGAGAAGCUCAAAAUUAUGUGUGAUAAGACCGAUAAUAAAGUUGCAGAGGCGUUGGAGGUUUUGAAAACUGAGACCUCAGAAUUGAUACAUGUGUGCCCCGAAGUUCCCGUGAUUAAUGUUAAUGAGACUUUGAAGGCUGAUUGGCCGUUGCGUUUUUAUCGAAACUUUGUGGCCAAAAAUUAUCCAGUCGUGAUAAGAGGCGGUUGUAAACAUUUUCCAGCAGUAUCAAAAUGGAAUUCACGAUUUUUUUUGGAGGCCAUUCCAAAUAAAGAGGUGACAGUUGCCGUUACCCCUAAUGGGUAUGCGGAUGGUUUGGCCACAAAAACCACAGAAAAAGGCAAAGUUCAUUAUUUUGUAAUGCCGGAAGAAAUCAAAAUGCCGAUGAGGGAGUUUAUUAAAAAAAUGGACGAUGUCAGUAAGCAAUACAUUUGCUACAUUCAGAAACAAAACUCGAAUUUGACUGAAGACUUUAGUGAGUUAAUGUGCGACGUCCAGUCUGAAAUUCCUUGGGCUUCUAAGGCUUUUGACAAAACUCCAGAUGCUGUGAAUUUUUGGAUGGGUGAUGCACGUGCUAUUACUAGUAUGCAUAAAGACCCUUAUGAGAACAUUUAUUGCGUGAUAGAUGGUUUCAAAGACUUUAUACUUAUCCCUCCAACUGAUUUGCCAUAUGUACCAUAUAAAACGUAUCCUGUGGGAACGUACAAAGACGUAAUGAACAAGAAAUGCUUCAUUGAAGACCACAAAGGGGAAAAAAUUGAAUGGAUCGCUAUUGAUCCUUUAAAAAGAAAUCACCACGACAAAUAUCCACAAUUUAAAAACGCAACUCAGUACAAAGUUCGGAUAAAAAGCGGAGAUUGUCUUUACCUACCAAGCCUUUGGUUCCACCACGUCAAACAAAGCCACAAGUGCAUAGCGAUAAACUACUGGUACGACAUGGAUUUUGACGUAAAAUACUGUUACUUCAACAUGUUAAAACGACUUAGCGGGUCUUGAAAAAUAAACAACAUUUAAAAAAUA